AUGACUCUGCGGCUGCAGACGCCUGGGCCCCUGCGACUGUCGCCGCUGGACCGCGCAAGCGACAACCUACCCAAUUCUUUACCUCUGAACCCCGCAUUUACACCACUCCCCCCGCAAGCAACACCACCGCAGAGCGUCCAAGCUCCACACGGCCACUGUGUCCACCACCCCACCCUGCAACACAUCGACGGCCUCAUCGACAAGCAAGCGAACCCCGACCAGCCCGAUGAGUCGUGGUACCUCGUCCAAUGGCUUCAUCCGUCCACCACCUUCGCCAACAAGGAGUGGGUUUUUGAGGGCGAACUUGAAAACUUCUCUCUGGACAGCGCCAAAGCCCUCCUGGAGAAGUACCUGGCUCUCCCUGCCUCCCAACGCACUGUCGACUUCAUGAAGUGGCGCCGCAACUCAGGCGACUGGCUCAUGAUCGGCGCUAAUGACGACAACACCUGCCUGGUGGCCGCUCUACACCAGGCCUGUGAUCUCCUGGAUCUGGCUUUCAGCUUCACGGCCGAAGAUCUCCAGGAUUACAAGGACGCCCAAGGCCUUUUUCGCCUUCGCGAAUUUCCCACGGCGGAUGCCGACGGGGAUGAGGCGGCGGAGGCGUUGGAGUUGGAUGGGGCGCUAAUGUUCGGACCAUAA